GAAUUCAUUUUCUCAAGCUUACCUCACCUACCCAAGACCAGCCUGGCACAGCCGCUGGCUUUUUCCCGACCCCACAUCAAGUUCGCACACGAGAUUGCGGCCAAGUCAACGCUGCGAUCGCAUCAACAUGGCAUCCGACCUUUCGAAUGGACACGUUCCACCUCGUGGAGAUUUGCCCUUCAUGAAGCUUCCAGAACAUAUUGAUGGCUUCAUCGACGUGGAAACUCUAAUUGACAUCCACAAGUACCUCGGCGAGAGCGAAAAGAGCGAAGACGUCGCUUUAGCUGUGUGGGUAGAAAAGAACUACCUCCAAGAGCCUUUGGCCGAGACGGGUCGUCCAAUCCGCGAUAGCGAAGGCUUUGUCAAUCUUGACAAAGCAUAUCGAAGGGUGCGACAGCUAACAGGGAAGGCGCAAGAUAAGUGGCCAUUUUUCGAUAAGAAUUGGAAGAAGAUGUCAUCCAUGGUUGUCAAAAACGCUAUUCUCGGCGAUGCUGCUAUGGGUACUGCUGGUUCAGACACUAACAGUGAGGUUCGCGACACACCGAUGAGCAACGGUUUUGAUAGUCAACGUGACUACGUUUCACAGAUCCCGAGACUGCAAGUAUCUUUUGGUACAAAUGAGUUCAGUGGAUAUCAGAUGCAGGAGCAGAAGUCGCCGCAGCCAGCUGCUCCUUCCUUAGCCGACCAACAAGAACCAGAGCAAAGGGCUCACCGUCAAGCUCCACACCUUUCCCCCGCUUCGAAAGCUAGCAGCGUAUCCGAAUCUGCUGCUCGCAAUGAGAACGAAAUCACUUCCGCACUCGAUGGCACUGCCAACGGCACCACACCACCGGUAGACGCAUGGCGAGAUGCCGGAGCCGGCAAGAUGCGUGGUCCUCACGGGCGAUACGUGAAUAAGAGCAAGCCUUCACCCGCUGCGAAGAAAGGGCUCAACAUCAAAUGGGUGAAGAAAUCGAGGACUAGGGCUGCAUUGGAAGGCGAAAGCGAAGAAGAGGCCUCUUUGAGUGACGAAGGCGUACAAGCACCUAAGACCAUCCAUGACCUUGCCAGUGGGCCAAGCUCAGACGGAAACGGAGAGGACAUUCAGAGCAGUAGCUUGCCUCCCACGGAUGUGAAGAUCAAUGAUACUACAUUCGAAGACUUCCCAGUGUCAGCCAUUCUUGCCGCUGAGGCGGAGGCUGUACCAUCAAACCUUGAUCGACUUCCUCCGGGACUUGUACACAAGAAGCGCAAGAGUGAGUCGAACAUCCAGCGAGGUGGUACAAAGCGUGCUCGCGGAUCGCGAGGUGGAGUGCUUGGGAGGCCUCGCAAAUCUGAGACACUCGCGGAGCGUGCUCAGCUAGAGGCAGGAGGAAGCGUGGAAGUUAAUCAAGCACCGUCGCAGACGGAAGCUCUUGCCAAAGCCCCUACUCGCCGAAGCUCUAGGAAGUCUGUCGCCUCAGCUAUGGAGUCAUCGACACCUUGGGACCCUGCUGACGACGUACUUCUGAAUGGGAGUGGGCAAAAGCAACCGGCUGCUAACAACACUGACAUUGCGGUGGAUGAUGGUGAUUUGCUCCCGAACGGUGACCACCGUACCACAGCGAUCCCGAGCAGCGUCGACCAGAAGACCAAAGCUGCAAUCAGCGAGACCACGAGAGGCACCGUUUUCACAAUACCCACGAACAUACCUGCAUCUCAGGCCCUAAAGACCCAGAAGUCAUAUGCUUCGUCAAAGCAGAAGAAGCGUGUCUCCUUUUCUCCAGAAAUUCAGGCUGACAACUUGGAGUUCUUCGCUCGCAUCUCCACCACUGCUGGCACUCAGGAGGUACCCUUGUCAGAAGAAGACCUCACGUCUGAAGUGGACCUUGUCAAGCGCUACGCUGCUUGGCAGAAUGCAGGAAACGCCCACGUCACCUUCGAGGUCUUCAAGAACAUCGUUAAGUUUGCGAGAUAGGCUCGGCCUCUUUCAAGCAUUUCCUAUUGAUCUUGCUCAACAUGUGGGCAGCGCAGGAGGGGCCCCAUCAAGACCUACGUGAGGACUGAUCAUGAGAGAGGUUCCCCAAGGGGAUGUUUUAUUAAAGAUGGCUUCAGGACAGUCCGCUCUCGCUUGGGUUUUGCAUAGGUGACCUCGGGAGGC